AUUGAUCAAACACCAUUGUUCUAUCGAGUUUUCAAUACCGAAUAAGAAAAGAGUAUUUUGAAAUUUGCAUAGUUGUCAGAUAUUCAACUUUUUUUGAACCUGAAAGACUUUUCGGCUUUUUAGAUUCGAAAUGCUCUCUCUAUCCAAUAGUGUAUAAUCAAUUCGAAAUAAAAAGUUUGCUUUAAUUUUUGCAUUGUGCGUACCUUAACAUAAAUGGGUUUGAGUUAACGGAGUGAUUUUUUUUAACGGGACAACGUGAUGUAGUACGUAAUUAAUUCUUCUACCAUAUAGAUAGUGGUAAACAUACAGAUGGUGAUAAUGGUGUUAUUGCUCUUAUUGCAGAACAAAAUAAAGAGUUGAUUGAAAAAUAUGACAAAUUAUUAAAACAUUUAGCAGAUUUGAACUUAAAUUCAUAUGAUGAUUUAGAUAAACAUGAUCAACAAAAAAUUGUUAGUUUAGCAGAAAAAACCGAAGCAAUGUCUGGCAUGACUGAUGUUAAUAGUAUUGGUUUAUUUGGUUUAACAGCAGUUGGUAAAAGUACAAUGAUUAAUUCCUUACUAGGUAAGCAGAUGGCUGAAGUUGGUUUAAGUGAAACAACAAUAGAAUUUUCUGGUUAUAAUGGUACAAAUUGUGUUUUUUAUGACGUACCUGGUAGAAAUGCUAUAGAUUUCAUCUCUUGUUAA